CGAUACGACACGAACCAAUUCACCGGAGAGAGAGAUAUUGAAUACGCCGAUGUCACUCUCGGCGGCGCGUGGGCGUGUGUUACCUUUUUCAGAGAAGGAGAAAACGGAAGAAGAGACUGGAACAUUGGAAUCGAGUCUCUUACAGCUAAUCGAUGACAAUCGUCGAUCGUCGUUACAGCUCCGGGAAAAGACCGAGAGAUCGAGGAAGGAAGCGAUCAGACACGCGGCGAGAACGGCGGAUCUGCUAGUGAAGGCGGUGAACGGAGGAGUGGAAGAGUGUUUCGUGAACGAGAAACGGAUUGAGUCGGAGAUUAGGAAUCUUGCGGUUACGGUGGCGAAAUUCGGCAAACAAAUGGAUCAAUGGCUUGCCGUCACUCACGCCGUUAAUAGCGCCGUUAAGGAGAUUGGAGAUUUUGAGAAUUGGAUGAAGACGAUGGAGUUUGAUUGUAAGAAAAUCACUGCUGCAAUUCGCAACAUUCAUGAAGAUCAAUAAGAGCAAACUGUUGUAAUUCAUUCACUUGUUGGUGUUUUUGGUAUAGAGUUCUUAUAGCUAUUGAUGUUAUAUACCACUUCUUUAGUGUUUCUCUGUUUGAGUAGUGAAACAGAUUGGAUCAAAGGAUUUUGAUAGUCUACUUAAAGCAAAAACAUGAACUACUCUUUUCGCCUUUUCGGAAUCGGCACGGAGAUCAUGCUGGCCAAGCUGACAUUUGCUUCUUUGAGCUCUUGUGUUUGCUUUAUGUUCAGUCUCCUUGGUGGUUAACUGCGGUUUCAAUCACAGCCGCCGAUUUCGUGGACGUUACUGUAUAUUCUUUAUCGUUCUCGACUUCCUGUUGAGGCAAUCCACUUGUUUCUGCAACUUGUUUAACUGCUCUAGCUCUACUCUAGCCUUUGUCAGUUGAGCACCACCAAGCUGAAUCGUCUUACUUCGUUCUUGUUAUUUCUUUGGUUAGACAGUAGAGUAAGACUGUUUUGUAUAGACCGAUCAUGUCCCUGCCGGGAAGAUCAUUUCUGAGAGUUCUCUUUGUCUAGCUACAGGUUUACCUAUUUGUCGGGGUUGUCUUUUUGAGUGUUUCAA